AUGACCCCCCCAACGCAUCCCUUGCCUUAUUCCUCCGUUGGGAGCCGGGAGGGUGAUCCGCACUCUGCUACCUGCAGGUCACGGUCGCGCCGAGGAUGCCAAACCUGUCGGGACAAGAAGGUCAAGUGCGACGAAGGACGUCCAAAUUGCGCAAGGUGCACUCGCUUGAAUCGACACUGUGACUACACGCCGCGGCCACGAAAGCCGUACUCCAGACAAACUACUUUGACUUCGCCGUCCAGACAAGGCGAUGGCUCUCACACCGCGGCGGAGCAACUCGGCCCCCAAAAUAGUGAGGUACCACUUACUGGCUCAACUGCUCCUCUGCCUGGGUCGCAACCCAAGGACCCAAUUUCAGAAGGAGGCUCGACUGUCUCCCCGGAGUCACCGACCGGGGAGUCGCAACAUGUUCCCACGCAUGGGCUGGAUUCACUCCCACUUUGUCCUACAUCAACUUCCAGCAUCACGCUUUCACCCGCCUGCGCCAUUCUCUUGUCAGAAUCUGACUAUGAGGCCAUCCACUGUCUUCGUUUUGUAAUAUCACCUAGUGUAGACACGAAGUCGCCAGAGUUCAGUGGACCAGCUUUGAUAUGGACCUUGAGCCAAAGAAGUCCACUGGUUCUCCACAUGGCGUGUGCCUUGGGGUCGCUACAGUUGUGUCAGGAAAGCUCGCAUCCUUCAACGGCCCAGCGCCGCAAAUCAGAGGCGGUUGAGCAUUACAGCGCGGCGCUUCGGCUAUUGGCGACCGCCAUCCAGGAUCUCACGCAGAUGUCCGAUCUGGACUUCAUUCUUGCUGCUCUCUGGCUCAUGAUUGCUUUGGAGCGGACUCACGGCGAUGGUACCGGAGCGGGUCUCUCAACUCACCUACGAGGCGCUGCUUUGUUGCUCCAAGGACGACUAAGAAAUCUCCGAAGCAUCGUCGCCGAGAAUGGCCCUCAAUUUGACGAGCAAGGGGCUGAAGACAUUCGAUCUCGUUCGGAAGAGGAAGAUGGUGGUGCAGCUCUCAAUGGAAUUGAGGCUGCCUUCAACGACCUGCUUGGUGAAGCUAUGUCGGACUUGGCGGAGAACGAAGCCCUUUCACGACUCAGGGGGUUUAACAUUCUUCAGAAGCAUGCAAUUCUCGUAUAUCAUGAAGCUUGGGGCGCCAGUUAUCCUCAAAGCGAGCUUAUUGAGGAUCUCCAGUGCAGCCAAAUCUUCUGCCUCCAAGCGGAGGCAGGCCAGCUUCGCUACAUGCUUUCUAAACUUGCCCCUGUCGAUGAAUGUCCCAACUCGAGCCUCGGAGUUGACAAGAAGACUUUGGCAUACGCUAUAGAAGACGUUGGACUGAGGUAUAAAGACCUCCUCACGGCCGCAAGUUUGAUUGAACUUCCGAAAGAAGGCCCACAGAGGACGUACGUGCUGAAUGUCCGGGCUAUUGUUCCAUUCUACCAUGCGAUUGUCCUCUGCUUUUACAGCCUCGUCAAUUCAUCGAUGGCAUUAAAUGUCAAGCAAACCUCAUCAUUACGAGAGAUAAUGACCCUCGGGUUCCGUACUUAUAGUGACCAAGGGGAUCAGGCCAUGGGGCGAAUAGCCUGGCCUUUGUUCGUGGUGGCACUUGAGUCCGAUGACAUGAUUCAUCGGGCUUGGGUUCUGGAGCGAUUUGAGGUUCUUGGGAAGGCAGAAAAAACCGCAUGA